AUGAAGUCCUUCUCCAUCCUUGGUGCUGCCCUCUUUGGGCUUUUUGCACCAGUUGCCAUUGCAGCAGCGAUCCCUGCUGAGCUCGCCGAACUUGCCCCAUUUACGCCAAUACGAGACAGUCUUGAGGAACGUCAAUCACCAGCUUCAUGUGUCAAUGUCGGCAACACUGCUACCACCAGGCAUUGUUGGGCUCCAGGGUUCACAUCUUCCACGGACAUGUACACGUCCUGGCCUAAUACCGGUGUGGUCCGCUCAUACAAUUUACGUAUCGAGAACACGACUUGCAAUCCUGAUGGCGCAGGAUCCAGAGUUUGCAUGUUGAUCAAUGGAAGGUACCCUGGUCCAACGAUUGUUGCCAACUGGGGCGACACGAUCAGAGUAACUGUCCGCAAUCUCCUCCAGGCUAAUGGUACUUCCAUUCACUGGCACGGCUUCCGCAUGCUCAACAAGAACAUCCAGGACGGUGUCAAUGGAAUCACCGAGUGUGCAUUGGCACCUAACGACGUUAAGACUUAUGAGUUCCAAGCGACUGAGUACGGCACGACAUGGUAUCAUUCCCAUUUCUCGCAUCAGUAUGGUGACGGAGUCGUUGGAACAGUUAUCGUGAAUGGCCCUGCUACUGCGAAUUACGACGAGGAUCUCGGGGUCAUGCCAAUCACUGACUGGUAUUACCAGACCGCGUACCAAGCAGCCUCCAUCGCAUUUCAGAAUGGCCAAGCUGGACUGGGCCCACCAGUUGGUGACAACAUCUUGAUUAACGGGACAGCUAAGAACGCAGCAGGAGGGGGCGCAUGGAAUAAUGUGAAGAUUCAAGCAGGCAAACGCUAUCGUCUUCGGCUUGUCAAUACCGCGGUUGAUACCAACAUGGUUGUAAACCUUGAUGGUCAUCCUUUCCAGGUCAUCGCAACGGAUUUUGUCCCCAUCAACCCCUACAACACUAGUCACCUCCAGAUUGGUAUCGGUCAACGAUACGAUGUGAUCAUCACUGCCAAUCAAACAGCUGGAAACUACUGGUUCCGUGCUGUCGCAGAUGGACUUUGUCAAUCGCGGAACACUCGCGAGGGACGAGCUGUCUUCACGUACCAAGGCCAGACUGUCGCUGAUCCUACCUCAAACUCCACAGCUAUCCCUUUCACGGAAUGUGUGGAUCCGGUCACUAGCCCGAAGAUCGCAAAGAAUGUUCCCAGCACAACCUUUGCCGCCCAAGCCAAGAGCCUUCCUGUUGCCUUCGGUCCGGUGGCAGCCAACGGCAAUACAGUACUCUGGACUAUCAAUGGCACAUCGAUGAUCAUCGAUCCCGGAAAACCAACCAUCAAAUAUGUCGCGGAAACCAACAACAGUUUCCCUCAAUCAUAUAACGUCGUGGAGGUACCAUCGACUUCCGCCUCUACCUGGUCAUAUUGGGUGGUACAACAAGCUGUUGGUGCACCGCCUCUUGCUCACCCUAUUCAUCUUCAUGGCCACGACAGCUACGUUCUCGGUGCAGGCGAUGGACAAUUCAACGUGAGCACCCACUUCAGCCAGCUACGUUUCACCAAUCCUCCGCGUCGCGAUGUCACUCAGCUCAAAAAGAACGGUUGGCUUGUUCUUGCGUAUCCAACGGAUAAUCCAGGUGCUUGGCUGAUGCACUGCCACAUCGCCUUCCAUGUGGGCAUGGGUCUCAGCGUCCAGUUCCUUGAGCGCAAGCAGUCUAUCAAUCUACCUGCUCCCGGCUCCGAGUGGUACGGCAACUGCAACAAGUGGGCUAGCUACAAGGCUGGCACGACAGACAUUUGGCCCCAAGACGACUCUGGUCUUAAGAAGCGCUGGCCUCCUCUCAUUGAGGGUGGCUCAACGUUCAGAUUGGACUAG